AUGCACACGACGACGUUUGCCGGAGCAGUGUUAGAUGACAGCCCUCGUGGCUUUAGUUGUCCCGGUCUCAACGAGCUGGAAUGUUGGGGCGUCACCGGCGAGCAAGUUUUGACGUCGAUCUCGCGAUCCGUCGCGAAGAACAUCACGCCAGAGCGAGAACUCGACCGUGAUUGCAGCAUUUUGGUUGGCAUUGCUAUUGUCUUCCGCUUGGCUUACUUCUGCGUGGCGGCUCUCAGAUGCCGAACAGGAAAGGCAGUGAAGAAGCCGAAGAACGGCAGCACCUCCACGUCGAAGUUAGCAGCAAAACGGUAG